UUUACUGUAUGUGAGAAGUGUCAAGUUUGGUUGGCUAUGUAGGCGUUUCCUUAACCACUAGACCAUAAAUGUGAUGAACAAUUGGCCACUGAAACUUAAACUUUAAGGAUGUUGGAGGAAGGGUCAGUGUCGGGCAUGUCAUCAGAAGCGUCAACUCCUGAGCCAGAGGCGCCGUUCACACCCAAGUUCAGUGUUCGCCUGAGUGAUCGUGUCACCAAAGAUGGUGACAGUGUCAAGUUCACUCUACAAGUUUCACAGAAUGGCCUUACAGUUAAUAUACUGGAGAGAGAAUAUGAGGACUUUGAGUACCUAGAUCACUGUGUGACAACAAGCCAGCCCUUACAUGGGCUAAUCAUUCCACCUAUCCCACAACGGUCUGCAAUAGAUCCUUACAAUGCUGAGAUACAUUCCAAAAGGCUGAUGGGAAAAGGUUCCAAGACACUAAUAGCAGAUGAGUUUCAUAAGGACUGUCACCAACUACAAAAGUACCUUGAGUUACUCCUAUCACAUCCUGUGUUAGGAAAGAAUGACAAGUUACUUGACUUCUUGACAACAAAGGAAGCUCCACCAAGAACUAAGGUUAAAAAGGGGUUGAUAAGUCGGCUAUCUGACAGCCUGGACUCCAGGAAGUCAUCGUAUCCCGACAGUGAAGAAUUCUUCCAGAAGGAACGUGAUUGGGUUGUUAAAUAUCAACCAGCUAUUGCCAAUGCCAGUGAUGCCUUUAACAAGAUUGUCUAUGCUCAGCUUAGGAUAAGUCACCAGCUGGAACAGAUGGUCACAGCCCUCAAACUAAGCAACUGUCCUAAUGAUGUGGUCCACAACAAGCAGUUCAACAUUAUCAACAUUCUUUUCCUCGAUUGCAUGGACAGCAUCAAGAAUGAAACAGAAGAUAAGGCCAACAAGGAAGACAUCAUGCUGGGGACCGUACAGACACUGUGGACUCGCUACAUCCAGGCAGAGAGCACCAUGCUGCUGGACCGCACCUGUUUGAUGGUGGACUACCAGUCGUGUAAUCGGGCGCUGGAUAAGGCCAAACCCAACAGGAAAGAGGCGGCUGAAAAGGCGAAGAUGGAAGCAGAGUCAGCUUUUGAGGAGUGUAGCGAUGCUGCCCGUCAUGAGAUCAAGCACUUUCAGCGUCAGCGUGUGAUGGAGAUGCAGGGAAGUGUGGAAUGCUACGCUGCUUAUCAACUAACUUGUGCCCGAAGCACCCUCAACACACUCUCCCAAGCACUCAACCAAAUCAAAGCCAUAAAUUUAUAGGUUAUAAAGGAACUUACCUUCCUGUCCAGUCACUUUCAGCCAAGCUCAUCAUCAUGUCAGAAUACCUGCAGGUAUCUCUUGCUAACUACAACUGCACACUUCUUCUUAUCUCAUUGUCAUCAUUUCAAAGAAGUUAUUGAGCUUAUUAUUGAUCCAGUGAUCAGUUUCAACCAGAGGCUUAAUUAGCACUAAAUACUGUACAUCAUAAUGUAAGUCCUGUACAGGUACCUCAUCUCUUUUUUGUAAUGUAAUACAUUUUUAUUUCUUCAAAUUACUUCUUCUCUUUGUAUAAAGUAAGUAAGUACCUCCACUGCCCUCAAAUCUGACACAUAGUUAUAAAGAAAUGCAACCAAUUAUAAUGUUGCAGAUAAUGGUUGUUGUGUGAGAACACAUAUUUUGUACUCCUCCAACAGUUGUGAGGAGCAACAACCGUCCAUCAACACUGUAUGAGGGGAUGACUGUGAGAUAUUAGAGAAUACUGUACUGUAGGUAAGUAUAAAAACCUUCAACAUGGAAACACUGGUACUGUAAAGUAUUUGUUGUAAUACAGUGCAGUAUAUAAUGUAAUGUACAAUAUGAAGUGUUUUUAUGUUUAAAGACAUGACAUUAGUGAAGACUGGACAGGGCUAAGAAACUGUCUUAUUUGGGAAUUUUAUUACAUCUGUGAUUUUCAUUAUUUAUAAAAUAAUUGAUUCACGAUAAACAUGGAUUUCCACACAGUGUGUGUGUGUGUGUGUGUGAGAGCUUCUGUAUUUACUUUCACUUGUGUGAUAUUUAUGUUCCUCUUCCACUGCUGUGCUGUCAUGAUUUAAUAAUGAUAUGAACAAAGCAUACAGCACCCUGCCACUACUACAGGAGUUGUCCCCCUGCUGCUCCAAGAAGAGGACAGAGCGAUGCACACACUACAUGUGUGUCUGCGUCCAUCCAUCCAUCCAUCUGUCUGUCUGUAUGGCAGUUGACAAAACAAAAACUCAAAUAGCAAUAGAUCUGAACCAGACCUGAUAUGUUGGUACAGUACAAUACAGUACUACAGUACAGUACAGUAUUACAGUACAGGUAUUACAGAAAAAAAUCUCAUUCAUGUUUAAUUAUCAGCAUUUUGGGUUGUUGUUGAGCAGAGUUAUGGUCUGUUAGACAUUACUGUGGCUCAGUAGGGGAUAUGGUCACCUUUAGUGGCAACAUGGUGAGGGAGGAAUUGUCCUUUAAUAACAGUUGAGGUGAGUCUUAGAGGGAUAAUAUGUUCAUCUCAAGAAAACUCAAUAAAAUUGUCUUAAUUCUAACAUUUAUUGAGCUUAAGGCUCAGAAACAUCUGACUUAUGGUAACCAUCACCAAACAAUUACUGUUAUUGUUAGACUUCAAUAUUUACCUUCCAUUAAGAUAAAAUUAGAAAAUGUGAUUUGGUGAGCAUUUUGGUCACAAAAAUUAUGAAUGGCAAACUAUUAUUUGAAGGGAUUCUAGGAUUAAGUUUCUGCUUCAACAAUGUGACAUACAGUACAGUACUGUGCAUAGUUGGCUGCAGUAAUGAAAAAAAGGUUCAUAUUGUAAAUCCCUUUUCUUUUUCUUUUUGCUUUUCCUCUGAAUAUUUAUGAAUUAUUAGUUCAUAGACAAGCAAAUUUAUUUGAAAAAAUCAAGUCUUUUGUAGUGAGAAUUCAUAUCAACCCUAAUUAUGAAUAUAAUACUGUACACUGUGCUAUAUAUAAAUUAUUUCCAUUUUACUGUUAAUUGUUAAUAGUUACAGGGUAAUAUUUACUUUACUUUACCUUGUUCGCCACUGAUCAGCCCGUUAGCCACUUGCUCUCUCCGAGUGGUUACUGUACGAGAAAUAGACCAAUACAGUCAUCAGUUUUAUAUGUAACAGAGUACUGUAUGACACAGACUCAUGAAACAUUAUUAUCACAAUUUAUGGAACUUUAUUUACAGUUACAAGUUUUAUAAUUUGUCAGCACUACAAUAUUUUCAUCAUCUAAUGGCUGCCUUAUAACACAGUUAGUACACUACACUACACUACAUGUAUUCCACUAUUUCUACUUAAUGUUGUAAUACUUUAUCAUUGUGUUAAGGGAUUUUUGCCAGACAUUUAAAAUCUUAGUUUAUUUAGAAUAAUUUGUAAGGAUAUCCACAAGGGACAGAUACUUUAUAUGUAUCUUGUGCUUUGAUCACAGGAAGCAUUGCUUAGUUGUAGCAGUUGUUGUUCGUGUCAGACUCUGGCUGACACACGCAACAAUGGUGCUUGAAAAAAAAAAAUUCCCGUUCGUAUCCGUCAAAAUAAUGUUUACUGGGGUAUUUUUUUUUUUUUUCAUUAUUUGGUUUGAGAUUAAUUAAAACAAGAAAGAUACAGGUACUUCAUUCUGUAUUUUCUGUUCAGUGAAACCUCUUUUUAAUGGACAAUAUGGAGAGGAAAGUUCAUUAUAUUGAGGGUCCGUUAGAUGUGAAACUUCCAUCUAACAGAUUCCUGUAUAUGGGGAGAGAAGUCCGUUAUAUUGAGGUUUCACUGUAUUAAAAACUGCUGAUCAGCUCCAGAGUGCAAAUUUAUGAUAAGAUGCUAGUCAGGAAUAUCUGUCACAUAUAUAACAUAUAAGAAACUUAAGUGCCAAAAAACCCAAUCAUUUGUAGAUGAGCUGGUGGUUAGUCACAACAUACUGUACAGUAGUCUUAUUGUAGCGGGUUCAUUCACAAGACUUAUUAGUUGCCAUUUUGUCUAUCUACUUUCAUAAAAAUGCCAAUAAUUUUUCAUGCUUGAGAAAAAGCUGAUUUACUUUUGUGAUUGUCCUAGUCGUAUAUGUUAACAUGUUGCACGUCUUCAGCUGUCAAGUUUUUUCAAAACGAGAAUCAUAAAUUUUGGUUCAUGCAACACAUACUCUAUUGAGAUUGAUGAUUUAAAUUAAAUUAUUGGAUAUUACAGCAAACGUUAAUGAAUACACCUUGGCCAUAACUUGUUUCACAAUUUAGGACAUAAGUGUUUGUUUGUCUAUCUUAAAGUUCACAAGGAGAACAAUGUUCCUGGAGAGUGUGAGGUCGCUUAAAAGAAUGAAAUUCAACAUAAAGAUCUUAUCAAGGGAAAAAUAUACAUGAAAGCAAAAUAUCAAUACUGUACUGUAUGAUGAUGGUCACUUAAGAAAUAGAAAAACAAAUGUGGUGGAUCCAAACAUAAGUGGAUUUUGUUAUCACAUGAGUGAGCUGAGCACAGUUCUGUACAGUACUGUGAAGUUUUCAUCAAGUUGAUGAGCAGUGUGAGAGAAUAAGUACAUUUGUCAGUUAUUUACAGUUCCACCUGACUGUGGUCAUCUCCAUAAAGAGAAAGAGUAAAGACCUCUGGUCCUGGGGAGGAGCUUUGACACUUCCAUUCUCAGUACAAUACUGUAAUGUUUAAUUAGUGAUCAUUAAAUAUUCAAGAUUAUGACCGGCCCUUCUAGCUGAGAACAAGUGAGCUGUUCCACCUCCAUGUCAUUGCUAUAUAAAAAUCCCUCCCCCCCCCAAAAAAAAUA